AUGGGCAUGAAUGUGUGGCUCAGCCGUAUUCGACAAGUGUUCAUCUUCUCGAUUGUUGCAUUUGCCUCCAACUUCGAAUAUGGCUUCUCCACUACGUAUCUAAACACACCGGUGGAGGAAUUUAAGGUCUUUUUAAACGAGUCCUACGCAAAAGAGGGUCGGACUAUGACCGAGUCCAUGUACACGAUGAUAUGGAAUCUGAUCCUUAACAUCUGGUUCGUGGGAUUCUUCAUCGGGAUCUGGUUCAGUCCUCUUCUGAACGACAAGUUCGGACGGAAGGUUGGGUUUCUUGUUGGCUGUGGAAUAGCACUUCUUGGUGCCGUACUGCGUCUUCUGGCCAUCUGCGUGUACAGACCAGAGCUGCUGAUUGUUGGUCGAUUCCUGACAGCUAUGUGCGAAGCGAUCACCUACCAGUCGUGUAUUCUCUAUCUUCAGGAAUGUUCGCCUACGCACAAAAGGGGCAUGAUGACGUUCCUCAGCGAGAUUUCCUACUCGUCCAUGUGCUUCGUCGGCAUGAUGCUUGGCACACGCCAAAUGCUCGGUGGCGAUCUUGUUGCCUUGAUGACGUUUGCUGUACCAUUCUGUAAGUGUAUUUUAUAA